AUCUUAAUAUUUUGUUUACUAACAUGGCGGAUACUGGCUCCACCGAUUCAAGUGAACGCUGCAAGGAAAAAACAUCAGAUGGUGAAUCUCUUAAGUCCUUGUGGUUAACAUUCUGCUUCAAUAAAGAGUUCCUCAUGAUUGACUAUGAAGAGCAAAUAGCACGUGAAUUAGAAGACGUUCGAAACGAACUUUAUAAACAGAUCACAUCAGUGGCGACAAAACUGAACUUGUUGUGGGAGGUUGUGCGUUCAAUGAUUGUAUUCAUUAUUCCAGUAGUCACUGGAAUCGGUAUAUCCGUUCUCAGCCAGACAUAUCUCCCCAAAACAUUGGCGGUGAUUUCCUCUUCCAUUUGCAAUGGUAUCACAAUUGGAUUAGUGUUCUUGAAUCUCACUCCCCUGAAUGAAGCAAUUACUAGUUUCAUAGACAGCAGGAUAUAUACGCCAAAUUUUGUAACAUGUAAAUGUAAAACAUGCCAUGACAAAAAUAACUGCAACAAGGAGCAACACGAACAAAAACAAGACAAGACCGUAACAGGCCCUGAUACCACUAGUGAACAUCAGGAUGAAUCUGACUUGUCGUCGACCAACUCUGCAGAAACUGUGAUUAGCAACUCUGCAGAAACUGUGAUUAGCAACACUUCUGGAACUGUGAUCAGCAACACUGCUGGAAACGUUGCUGGGGACAAUGACGAAACAUUUAGAAGGAGAUGUGUUGAUACAGAAUAUCUUAAUCAGCAUUAAAAUCCGUGUCAGAAAGCAGUGUACCUACCUAAAGAACAGGAGACAUAGGGAACAAGAGUACAAAUAAAACCAAAGUGCGUGAUAAGAAACGAUUGGUGAUACCACCACAUAAAUAAUAAUUCAGUAUGUUUUGUGUAAGUUCAAGACAUAAAUUCGUGUUACAAAAUUAAAGAAUCAAAGAUA